AUGACGCUCUUGGUUUUCCUCGCCUGCCUGCUGGCUGUCGUUCCAGAGGUUUCCAUGAAGAGUCCCAUAUUUGGUCCCCAGGAGGUGAGUAGUAAGGAAGGCAAGUCAGUGUCUAUCAAGUGCUACUACCCAGCAACCUCUGUCAACCGUCAUUCCCGGAAGUUCUGGUGCCGCCAGGAACCCAGCGGCCGCUGUAUAACCCUCAUCUCAUCAGGGGGCUUCAUCUCCGAGGACUACACAGACAGAGCCAACCUCACCAACUACCCAGAGAGCAACAUGUUUGUGGUGGACAUUGCUCAUCUCCUCCAGACUGACUCUGGGAAAUACAAAUGUGGCCUGGGCAUAAAUAACCGAGGCUUGUCCUUUGAUGUAAGCCUGAAGGUCAACAAGGAUCCUGAGCUUCCAAGUGGCACUCAGAUCUACACAGCAAAGCUGGGCAGAGAGGUGGUCAUCGACUGCCUUUUCAAGGCUGAGAAUAUCGAGAAGAAGAAGUCCUUGUGCAAAAAGGCUGGCCAGAACUGUGUCUUGGUCAUCGACUCCUCUGGGUACAUAAGCCCCAUCUACAAAGGCAGAACAGACCUUAAAUUACAGGGCACAAGUCAACUAAAGUUCAGAGUCUCCAUUAACCAACUCCAGUCCACUGAUACUGGGAUGUAUGCUUGUAUGGCCGGGGAAGAAAGCAGGAAUGUUGAUCUCCAAGUGAUAAUGCCAGAGCCCGAGCUGGUUUAUGGAGACCUGAGGGGCUCUGUGAACUUUGACUGUGCCCUGGGCUCUGAGAUGGCAGAAGUGCCCAAAUUUCUUUGUUACAUGAGAACCACUGGGCAAAGCUGUGAAGUGAUCAUCAACACCCGGGGGAAGCUGGCUCCAAGCUUUGAAGGCAGGAUCCUACUCAACUUUGAGGACAAUGGCUUGUUCCGAGUGCUAAUCACCAGUCUAAGGAAGGAGGAUGCAGGACGUUAUGUGUGUGGAGCCCAUCCUGAGGGUUUGCUAAAAGAUGGUUGGCCCCGCCAGGAUUUUCAGCUCUUUGUCAAUGAGGAGAACAACAUUCCCCAGAGUCCAUCUGUGGUAAAAGGUGUGGCUGGAGGCUCUGUGGCAGUGUUCUGUUCCUACAACCCUAAGGACAGAAGUUCCCUGAAGUACUGGUGCCGCUGGAAAAAAAGUCAAAAUGGCGCUUGCCAACUGUUGGUGGAGAGCCAGGGGCUGGUUGAUAAUCAGUACCAGGGCAGGCUGGCACUGUUUGAAGAGCCAGGCAAUGGCACCUACACUGUCAUACUCAACCAGCUCACCACCCAGGAUGCUGGCUUCUAUUGGUGUAUGACCAGUGGUGACAUUCGCUGGAGGUCCACCACGGAGCUCAAGAUUAUUGAAGGAAAGCCAAACCUAAAGGUACCAGAGAAAGUCACUGCUUUGGCAGGAGAGACUCUCAAGAUUUCCUGUCACUACCCAUGCAAGUUCUACACACAGGAAAAAUAUUGGUGCAAGUGGAGCAACAAAGGCUGCCAGACCCUGCCCAGCCAAGACGACGGGCCCAGCCAGGCCUUUGUAAACUGUGACCAGAACAGCAAGACCGUCUCUCUGACCCUGAACUCAGUCACGGAGGCUGACCAGGGCUGGUACUGGUGUGGGGUAAAGGAGAAGGAGAACCACCGCUAUGGAGAGACCGCUGCCGUUUAUGUGACCAUACAGAAGGGAAGAGCGAUUCCAGAGUCCCAUGUUGUCAGCCAAGAAAAGGCUGCUCCCAGUGAGGAGGCAGUGGAGCCAAAUGUUCGGCAGUUUGAAAACAAAGCCAUUCAAUAUCCCAAGCCUGCAGUGAUAGAGGAUCUUGAAGCUGGUGAUGCACAAUCUGGCAGCACUGGAGAACAAGGCAAGAGCUCCACAGUGCUGAUCUCCACGAUCGUACCCCUGGCCCUGGUGCUGGUGGUAGGAGCUGUGGUUGUUGGGAUCCUCAGAGCCCGGCACAGGAAGAAUGUUGACCGAAUUUCAAUUAGGAGCUACAGGACAGACAUUAGCAUGACUGACUUAGACAACGCCACGGAUUUUGGUGCCAAUGACAACAAGGGAAUCUCUUCAGUCAUUCAAGAAUCAUCCCUCAGAGGAAAAGAUGAGACCACCACAGAGACCACCACAGAGACCACGGAGAAGAGUGAAGAAUCCAAGAAGCAGAAAAGGUCAUCCAAGGAGGAAGCUGACAUAGCCUACAACGCCUUCCUGCUCCAGUCCAAUACCAUGGCUGCAAACCUCCAAGAUGGCUCCUGCAAAGCCUAG